UCCAGGCCAUAGUCUAAGAAUCUGAAUGCGCUGCGUGAGACAAACUGGCUGAACGAGUUCACAUACUUUCUCUCACAUGUUGCUAGUGUUUUCUUCCAGAACGGCUAAAAGAAGUCGCAGUCACCUGCAGAAAGACAAGUUCUGUUUCGUGGCACCUUCUCAGCUGCUGAUUUUUAAACUCUUUCACAUGAAAGAUUCAUGGAGGUACGAGGUGAUCACGUUGGUAGGUUGAAUGAAGCUGGUUCGGGAGACCGACGACCAGAGAAUAUCUUUCUCGAUGUUUCUUCUAAUGGAACACAAGCUUCAGGCAGUCAGAUUACACAGAAUGACUUUCAGAAAUCAGGGAACCCAUUUCUACAUCCAGCUCAGAACACAGAGAAUGGAUUCAGCUCAACAAACACAAACCCUUUUUUGACUCAAGGCAAAGACUCCAAUGGGAACACUGUUUCCACAGAUGAAUACGAUUUACUGUUAAGCAAUGGACAAAGUAAUGGGUGGCCUCACUUUUUAACAUCUUCAACACCCUCAUUCAAGAAUGACUGGGCUGUGUUCCCACCUCCAAAUCUAAGCAAGGACACAAACCAAACGCCAUUUCAAAAAUGGGAUUCAUUCCAAGAUUCAUUCUCUGCCAGAAUUUCCCCACCUCGAACAAGCAAUCAAAUGACAAACAUUUUCGAACCAUUCAAAGAGGAAACCAGUGUCUCCCCGAGAAUGCCGGCUAAUGAGAAAACAUCUGAUGAGAGCGAUUUUUUCUUGGAAUACAUGCUAGCCAAUCAAAAGAAUGAUGUGGAAUCCGUUUCGUCUACAUCAGCAUCCAAUCAUUUGAAUCUUUUUGAAGAAAAGUUUUUACCAUCUCCAAUAAUCGAUGAUAACAUUUUCACAAACACAGCUUCAUUUCAGUCGAGUGAUAUUUUUCAAACGCCUGGGUCCAGCAUGCAAAAUAACCCCUUAGAUCAGACCUCAGCAUCUGUCCAAUAUGAUCAUUCGAAGUUAUCUGUGAAUUCUGCUGUGAAUAAUGGGCAGUUCAAGCCACAGGACAGCGACUUUGACAAACUGUUCAUGACCACAGACAUGAGUAAUGGAUUAUCCCAAGAGACUUCUACAUUGCCCCCAUUUCUUAAUGCAUCCAAAGAUUUAGGACUGAUGUUUAGAAGACGACCCCCCAAACCAACCCCACGCAUUAAGGCUCGGAAGAAUUCCCUGAAGAAUCAAAAUAUCAACCAUGACCUGUUUUCCACAUCUGCUGAAUCUGUACCUACCGAUCAGAAACCUGCACAGACGCUGUUUCCACCUAACCCGCCUCUUCCCAUAUCCAAGCCCACUGUGCCAAAACCUCCAACUAAUAUCCAGGGCUCCAUGCUACCGGGUGCUACAAAGCAAAGCCAAGUUUACGAGGACGUCCUUUUCAUCGGCCAGGAGAAAUGUGUGGAGGACUGGCCAGAGGACAGCCCUGAGCUCAGCCCUGACUGGAAACCUUCAGGCAAAUUAAAAUUGAGGAGGGAGUCUUUGAGGAUUGCUGCAGAAUCUGAGGCAGACACUAUUGGGAGGAAAUCUGGCAAAACAAAACUGAAAUUAAUGGUCUCUAGAAGAAAGUCAAAGGAUACAUCAGGAGAUGACACAAGGGUUCUGCAAACAAGCACAGUUUGCGAGUCAGAGCAAAAAUAUCCUGACAACAUAACCAGUGUCUAUGGUGAUACUUUGCCUUGGGGAAAAAAGUUCAAUGAACCAGAUGAUGUUUUUCUGCCUGAACAAGAAGACCACAAUGCAAACAUGAAGGGCAAAUCAGUGAAGAUUAAAAAGCCUAAAUUUAUAGUUCCUCAUUUGCAAUACAAAGGAUCCAAGGAAAAAUCUCUUAGUGAAAGUUUUGAAAAUAAAUCACCAUUUCAGCAUAAUUCCAAGGUUGAACAUGUUCAGGAGUUAUAUGGGGACAAGCUGAAGAAUGUUGACCAUACAAAGCCAGUGAUGAAAGACUGGAGACUGAAGGAUCCACAUAAAUUAAAACCAUCCCUUCCUCAUCGACUAUCCAAGGAUUUUAUUGAAGAUGAUCUGAAGAAGAUGAAUGGUCUUUCGUUUUUGGAAGAAUCAAAGGAAAAUGUUUCGGCGAGUGCUGAGAAGGAAAAUCAUCGUUACUCUGCUGACUUAUGGGCAGAGUACCAGCUUGAGACAUGCUCUUCAAAACCUCCAGACAACAGUAAAAAAACACAAGAUUUACAAGACUGUCGACCGAAGAAAUCGUUUACAUUCAGGGUUCCUCAUAUGCCUCGGAAAGGAUCAAAGAGUACGCCAGAAAACGAUAUCCCAGAGAAAGGUGCUGAUUUGUUUAAAGCCACGGACAUACAAGGGUUGGAAAUGAAUGUAUCUGAAGAUUAUAAUCAGAUGAGGAAAUCUCCUGUACAAAGGGUUUCGCCAAUAAUUAGAAGAGACUCACAGGGUCUAAAUAAUGCAGAGAAAGGAGCAGAUCUUUUUAAAGCAGGAGACAUUGCAGAUGAUAUCUGGAUGGAGAAGCAUACCAUGGACACAAAAACAGAGAAGGUAAAAAAUGAAACUCUGCCCAGAAGUGAAUCAAAGGCCAAAGACCAACUGUAUUUUACUGAAGACUUUGAGCUACCAGGUGCUACUUCUGGUGAUUACUACCUCUCAGAAGCAGCUAAGGCUGAGUGGAUGUCCUCCCAGAUGGAUUUGAGGCGAGUAAAAACACCAGAACAUGCUGAGAAACUGGAAGGAGUAAAAGAAGAAGAGGAAGGGGACACUGACAGUCUAAUGGAGUGGUGGAACACAGUAGAAUUAUGGGACGAACUGCCAUCAGAUGACGAAAGCAAUGCAAAGGAGGAUGAAACUAAAUCUUUUACUGAGAUUGCUGACAAAGUCCACCAAGGUCUCAGAGUUUUCUAUAAAGUUUUCACCGAGCAAGCCGAAGUCCUCUACCUGCAUGUGCUGCGCCUCUACGCCAUCGGUGAUGACCUGAGCAACUUCCACCGCCGUGCAAAGAUCGCAAAUAUCACAGGUGGCACAACCUCGGCUGUGGGUGGUGCAGCAGUUAUCACUGGCCUGGCUCUGGCACCUGUCACACUUGGAGCUUCUUUGAUUGUAUCUGCUGUUGGGCUGGGAGUAGCAGCAGCAGGUGGAAUCACAGCAGCUUCGGCCACCUUAUCGGACAAUGUCCACGAAAUGAGCGACCGUAAGAAGAUCGAGGUGGUGUUGCAGGACUACGAGACCCGCCUAGUGGAACUGCGGCGCUGCCUGCAUUUUGUAGCUGAAGGUGUGCGUCGAAUGCGCUUGCACCCUCUGCUGCGUCGUAACAAUUACUACGCCGGAGACUGGGAGGUGCGGCGAGCACUUCAGACCAUCAGUCUGGUUGGAGAUCCAGUAGAGCAAGCCGAGGAAAUUGUGCAGAAAUCCACAAUGGCUCUAAACAGUGUGUACAAGGGCAUGGAUAAUUACUUUAGCAAGGAUUCGAAGGAGCUAAAGAAGGGCUGCAAGAAAGAGGUGACCAUGCAAGUGAAUAUGUUAGCCAAGCUGCUGCAUGAAAACUUAGUGGUGCUUAACUCCACACGAGAGCACCUAAUGGAAGCGACUGGAUUUGUAUAGAACGGGAAACCAAUAAGCAAAAAGAAAUAAAUAGAACUUAAUGUUGAUCUGAAUGUUAUCUAAGCGUUAUGUAAGUGUGGCUGGUCACAUGCUAAACAUGAUGAUGAAAAAUUGAGACUCACUUCCUUCUACUGUAUCACAGUGUACUGUAUUAACUAGGAAAGGGGCCUGUGGUAAGAACGUAUCAAAUCAAGAAAGAUUACAUGUUCAAUAUGCAUAUAAAAGAAGAUUAUAAAUGUCAAGUUAAUUGUCAUUACAUUUUAUGUUUGCUGUGGAGCACUUUGGAUUUAACAUAACGUAUAUAUACUUGACAAAAAACAGCUUCUGUGGUCAGAGUUUUGAUUUCCUUCUUCUUUAAGCAGUUUAGUUCUUGUUUUAAUAUUCACUUUCACAAUGAGAAAAUACCAUCUAUGGCAGACACUGUUCUGGGAUUGAGUUACUGUUGUGCUCUGGUAUCUAUACACUAAACCACAAAGACUGAAAAAACUUGGGCAGGAACUGAGAAUGUCUAUGCCCUAUUUAAAAAGACCUCACAAUAUAUAGAAAUUUACCAUUUAAAAAUGUUUAGCAAUCAAAUUGAAGUGAGAUAUUUGCACGCACAUUAUCGUAUACCUUUAAAAACUAUUUAUAUAUUUGUUUGCUUUUGCUCUGUUUAGUAUUUUCUUAUAAUUCCUGCAGAUUCUUCAUGGCCAACCUCCCUAUUCAUAUUCAUGCUCAUAGCUAUCAACCUAUAUGUUAUAUAAUUGUUCUAUUUUUUUUCUUUUAGGCGGAAAUUUAGAUGCACUGGCACAGCUUUUAAAAAGGGCAGAUGUCAAUUGUAUACAAUAUAAACAUAUUUGUAAUAUAUUAUAAAAUAAAAUACAAAACUUGCUAUUAAAUGAAUUCCAAUUCAUCA